GAACCAUGAUGACCAGACAGUGUUUCUCUACAACAUCAUUUUCUGCCGGAGCUCAGCCGAAUUGUUUACUUUUCUGAUAGUCGCUGUCUCUGUUAAACAGCAAACAAUGCAUUUAGGGGCAUUUUAUCAGUUCUGUUCGGUGUUUUGAUCGUUACGGCGUUUAUCUCUGUGUCUUAUUCACUUUCAACGAAAUUAACUGGAAAUAUUUUUAGUUUUGCAGGAUAAAACGCUACAUUUCAUCAUCAAGAGGCAGACAUUAAAACAAAUAUGUCUGCAGACCGGCAGAUGUUUCCCUCGCCUUCCUCUCCGUUCCCUCCCGGAGCGAUGGAGGGUUUCGGGGAUCCAGACCUCCACAGCAGCUCGCUGUCAGAGAUGGAGACCCUCAGGAUGUUUGUUAACGAACGGCUGACGGCGGCAGUGGACGACAUUCUCGGAGUGUUUGGGAAAACUGUGGUCCGGUACCGGGAGCAGAUAGACCGUCAACGACAACAGCUGGACAGUCUGAUGUCAACGGAGGACCGUCUGCAGGUUUCCUCCUGGAUAAAACACUGCCCUGAUGAUCAGAUCCUGAGUGACAGGCUAGACCAGACCGACCAUGUGGAUGAGACAGAUGCUGGCACCUUGGCUGCUCAUAUUAAAAAAGAAGUUGGCCGUGAGGACUGUGGGGCGUCAGAACCAAACUGUGAUUUUGAUCCUUCCGGUGGUUCAGAAACGGCAAGUGAUGGCCGACUCCUCGCUGAGUCCUCUGAGACGGAAGACAGUGGAGACUACUGGAGAGAGGCUGCAGGACUUUGGAAACCAGAGGAGAAAGAAGAAGCAGAAGGACAAAGUUCAUCCCAGAGCAAGAAGGUAAAUAGCUCCACUGAUCAGUUGCAGGAGCAAAAACUGUCAAAUCAGCCUCCGCCGGUGUUCAGUUGUAAAGUUUGUGGUGAGUCCUUUCAGAGGAUUAGUUAUCUACUCACUCACGCGUUGGUACAUCUGAGAGACUGCAGCCUGUGCGGGAAACAUCUGGAGUAUGCGGAGAACCUGAAGUUUCACCUCAGAGUUCACAAAGAAACAUCGUUCCGCUGCAGUGUCUGCGGUCAGAGCUUCACACUGCGGGGGAACCUGAGGACGCACAUGAGGAUCCACUCUGGUGAGCGUCCCUACGGCUGCACUGUCUGCGGCAAGAGCUUCGGCAGAAGGGCGACGCUGGUGCGGCAUGUCCGCAGCCACACGGGCGAGAAACCGUUCACUUGCACAUACUGCGGCCGCGGCUUUGUGGAGAAGGGCAACCUGACGGUGCACCUGCGGACGCACACCGGCGAGAGGCCGUACUGGUGCUCCGUUUGCGACAGACACUUCAGCCAGCUGUCCUGCUUCUACAAACACCCCUGUCAGAGGACAGACCUGACCACUGCCCUUGUCAAACCUGACUGCCUGAAACAGGAUGGAGAUUCUGUUUCACAUCAACACCAACUUCCUUCAUGAACUGUAAGGGCUGAUAAUGAGAUGAAUUCUCUCUUAGGGCACAGUCACACUUGCUGAGGUGAUAUUGCACCGGCAAUAACUGUUUUCAACAUGGCCGUGUCACAAAGUUUCUAAUUUUACAGCUAAACAGUACACUAAAAUAUGUAUCGGAAAACAUUUGCGGCGAGAAAUAGGAACAAAUACUUCUCUGCUGUUGGUUGAGUCGUCAAAGUUUACCAAAAUUGAUCUCAACUCAAUACAAAUUAAUUUUGCACGUGUGACCGUGCCCUUAUUCUAAUCCUAAAGAGACACACUGUACACACUGCUGUAGCUCUCAUGUUUCUUUGUUUACCUGGUCUCGUGUUUUCAGAGCUGCUCAAGGUCAUCUCAAUAUAAUGUCCAAGAUUCGAUCUUUUCUACUGCAGGAACAUAAAUUGUUUGGCGAGGCAACACUUAAUUAAAGCAGGAAGUGUCUUAAUAUACUGUUAUAUUUAAUAUACGAUAUUCUGAUUCACAAUCACAUUUGAUGCCUUGUUCUGAAUUUGUCUAUUUUAAGUAGACAAUGUGUUCACACUGGUUGGGAUUCAACUACAUCUUUCAGCAGCGUUUAGGUAGCAUACCGAAUUUCAAGUAAUUUAAUUCAGUGAGCUACUUUUUCCACUAAGUAGCGAGGCAGCGUACUUAGUGGAAAAAGAACACCUACAUCAGUAUAUUUAUUUCACCUUGAAGAAAACAAAGCUCAGAAAUGAUCCUGCUGUUUCUUCCCCGUCACCUCCUUGUCUUCUAAUUGAGGAGAGCAUGUAACGGUGGUGCAGAGCAGAGUCUCUGGUCAGCUGUGAAAGAGCUGUUCUGGAAUCAUUCUCCUUCACCCUCUGCUCCAUCCUGUUAAACUUCUACUUCAGGUGGAGUAAAACAGUGGAAAUGCAGAACAUUGAACCAAAGCCUUACACGUUCUCUAAAAAUGUAAAAGCUCCAGGUUAUAGGUUAUAAGCUUCCCUCAGUGGAAAAGGCCCAGAUCAGGUCAUUAGCUUGAAAGGACUGAAUCUUGAGUAGUGACGUGCAUAGGGAUGUCACAACACCAGAAAUGUAGUAUUUGAUGCCAAUACCAGUGAAAUUCCACAAUUCUUGAUACUGAUGAGACGCCACGGUAAAAAACACUCCAAUUUACUCCUUUAUUACAUUUGAAUGCUGUUGUUUGUUAGGAAGUUUAACAGUAGCGUCAUGUUAAGAUAAGAAUUUUGGCAUCGACUUGGUUCUCGUGACAUCCAUCGACGUGCAGCAAGCCCCUCCGAUUCAAGCCUCCCCUCUUGACCAUAUGGUUGUAGAAGAACAUUUGCUUUUUCACCCUUUGUGUGCUUUAUGUUGGGAGGCUUUGCUCAGGGUGUCUGGAGGUUAAAAUAACUCCCGUGGUUAAGACACAACAUUGUUUUCCUCCAUGGUGCCUUGAUUAUAGGUGAUCCUGUAUGACGUUGGAUACACUGUGUAAGGUUGAGUGGGUCUUACUUGAAGUUUCUGGUAUGACUGUCCAUGCAUACAAGCUGUACCCAGAUCUUCUCUGAUAUCAGAUUUGUGUUUUAAUAAAGCUAUAUAGUGCAUAAGUAAGGACAACUGGGGCUCCUCAAGUAAUUAUUUUAUUCAUCAAAGUAAAGUUCUUCACAUCAAUUAUGGAAAGUGAAUACUUUUAGACACAGCCUUUCUUGUGUUGGAAUUUA